AUUGAAUCACAGCAAUAAUUCGGUAUAAGACUUAUCGCCAACGGGCUUUUUCGUCAUCCAUUUGUUUGAGUAAACUUUUGUCAAUACAUUUGUGUGUUUCAAGCAAUGAUAGAGAAGUGAACCACUUUGCAAUCAUCAACUACUAUCACAUCCAGCACACAACUGAACGUUAAUAUUUCACCAUCUGUAAUAUCACCCUCAACUACCAGCAGCGGUUCAAAUCAGACUCGGAAUGAGACCACCAACAAAAAUCACAAAUCGGCCAUAAACGCAAUAUAUCAGAAAAAAAGGUAGAUCUGGAUUAUUAGCUCCCAUGUAAUUAUUAUUUGUCUCACCGUACCUAUUGCUACAUUGAGAAACACCACCUCGAAUUCCUUUAAGCAAAAACAAAGCCAUAUGAAUGUCCGUUACGAGCUCAAGUUGCACGGAUGUGGUUGCGGAAAUGCUAUUCCAGCUAAAAUCAAAUUGGAAGUUACACUGAGAUACCUUGCAGCUGGAGAUUCCAUGUACACAUUAGAAGCACUUCACAGGGUUGCGAGAUCUACCAUAGCUCAGUUUAUACCAGAAGUUUGUGAUGCAAUAUACAGGGCUUUGAAGGAUUAUAUGCGGAUUCCGUGCCAUGAAGAAUGGAAGCGUAUUGAGCAUGGAUUUCAAACUAAAUGGAACUUUCCAGGAUGUAUUGGGGCGCUUUACGGCAAACACAUAAACAUACGUGCUCCUGAUGAUACUUCCGAUUAUGACAAUUAUAAGGGUGCCCACAGCACUAUACUUCUCGCAUUAGUUGACGAUAAUUACUGUUUUUCAUAUGUAAAUGUUGGAACUAAUGGGAGAGCUUCUGACGGCGGUGUUUUUCAACGAUCAAAGUUGGCACAAGCUUUAGAAAAUAAUACUCUUAAUUUACCAGAGCGAUCGAUAAUUGUGGCAGACGCGGCUUUUCCUUUAAAGACUUAUCUAAUGAAGCCCUACCCACGAACACCAACGCAUUAA